GUACGUGAGUAAGCCGAUAACAUAAUAAUUAUUAUUUUGAUGUUAUUUGUUUCUAUUCUAUUUGUUUUAGGCGUCGCGUGGGCGAUUAUUAGUUAAUCUUAUUGAGGCAAAAGAAAGCACAGACAUGGAGAAAGAAAUUCCAUUACCGGAAAUACUACAACUGCCCAGACAAAAUAGAUGCCAAUCCUCUGCUUCGUCCAGCUCUUCAAGUUCAUCUAAUUCAUCUAGUUCAUCUAGUUCAUCUAGUUCAUCUAGUUCAUCAAGCGAAGACGAAACGGAGUUUGAAAACAGAAGCACUCAAAUUUCCUCAUUACAGGCUUCUACUAGCAAACCACCUUUAUUUGAUCCCGAAGAAGAAUGUGAUGAUUCUGACAGAGAUCGCGAUUACGUACCUGAUACAGAAGGCAAUAGUUCUAGUGAAAACGAAUCGUCACCGCAUACAACUACAGUACUCAACGAAAGAACGACAGUUUCUAAUACUCCUGAAAAAAAAGGGAGGAAGCGGUCCAGGAGAGAGGAUAAAUGGAGACGAAACAUUUUGAAAAAAGCCAGAAAUAGUGGUAAGUGUUAUGAGAUAAAUACGACAAUGAAAAAAUUAAGACCAGAGAGAGAAAUAAAACCAGCGUGCUCAGAAAAAUGUAAACUGCAAUGUUCUAAGAAAUUUAACGAUAAUGAUCGAAAGGCUAUAUUCCACUCGUAUUGGGGUUUGGGUGAUUUACAAUUACAAUGGCAGUUCAUUUCCAACUGUAUGCAGACUGUCCAGCCACGAUAUCGUUAUAUUCGUGUUGGAGGUACCAGAAAACCCAGGGAUAACAAUCAUGCAUUUUAUUUUAUUCAAAAUGGAGAAAAGAUUCGUGUCUGCAAAGCAUUUUUCAAAAACACACUAGACAUUAAUGACCGACCAAUCCGUACUGUAAUUGAAAAACAAAAUAAAGUGACUGGUGUAUUAUUAGAGACAGAUAGACGUGGAAAACAUGGACAGCAAAAAAAAGUUGAUGAAGACAUCAAAAAAGGAAUACGCGACUUUAUUGAAGGUAUUCCAAAAAUUGAGAGUCAUUAUUGCCGAGCAAAUACAUCAAAGUUGUACAUCGAUGGUGGCAAAUCCAUAGUAGACAUUCAUAAAGAUUAUGAAGAGCAUUGUAAAAUCAACAAUAGACCUUUUGGUAACUAUGCCAUAUUUUAUAAAAUUUUCACAAAAGAUUUUAACAUAUCUUUUUUCAUGCCUAAAAAAGACUUAUGUGAAAUAUGUCAUGUGUAUGAAACGGCUAAUGAAACCGAAAAACAAUCACUGAAAGAUGAUUUUGAAAAGCAUCAAGAAGAAAAGCGGCUGUCGAGAUUAGAGAAAGAAAAUGAUAAAAGUAAAACAGAUUGUGAUGUUUUGAUUGCUGUCUACGAUUUACAAGCUGUGGUACAAUUGCCUAAAGGAAAUGUGUCAUUAUUUUAUUAUAAAUGCAAAUUAAAUGUUUUAAAUUUCACAAUCCAUGACAUUAUAAAUAAAACAACAGACUGCUACGUUUGGGAUGAGUCCAAUGGAAAUAGGGGAGUAAAUGAACUAGGAAGCUGUGUGCUUAACUAUUUAAAACAAGCAUGUGAAGCUGGAAAAACGGAAAUCGUAUUUUAUAGUGACAACUGUGCUGGACAGCAGAAAAACAAAUUUAUGGUAGGCCUAUAUUUGUAUGCUGUUACAACACUUAAUAUAAACAAAAUUACUCAUAAGUUCCUAAUAAAAGGUCAUACGCAGAAUGAAGGGGACGCAGUUCAUUCUUUGAUAGAACGCCAGGUCAAACGUCAAGAAAGAAGCGGGCCUCUUUAUACACCAGAAUCUUUCAUAUCUGCUAUAAAAAUGGCAAAGAAGAAGGGACCGCCUUUUAAAGUACAUGAAUUAACACACGAAGAUUUUUAUGAUUUAAAAGAACUUUACUCAACUUUAGGUUGUGUGAAUCUCGCUGCUAUGAAAAUUAAUGAUGUCAAAGUAUAUGAAGUAAGGAAAGAGAGUCCCAAUAGCGUCUUUUUUAAAAAAUCUUACAACGAUCAAGAGUUUGAAAAUAUUGAUAUCAUUAAACGGAAAAGAGUAAAUAGAGAACUACAACUGAAACCAGCUUUUACAGCAAAACCAGGAAUUACAGGAAGAAAAAGAGUGAUCUCAUGGAAUUAA